CCCCCGCGCAUUCACCCCUUAGUCCACCGUCGUUGAAUCUGACCAGCAAUCUGUGGACACCUUAGUCAAUUUCACAAUGAGCCUUCUGGUCACUUUCAUCUCGGCUGCUUGUCCCCUGGCUCUGAAUCACAGCAUCACUCCGGACUAGCAGGAGGAAGGAGGGAAAUCCUGCUUUGCAUCCUGACAACUUUUGCGGCGGAGGCCUGGGGAGAUGGAUGGCGGAGACAUGCAGGCGUUAACUCCCCACGCACAUUCCAGCAUGGUGUCUGUUGGGAAAGGAUUUACUCUAGUCUCUGGCAUUUGAUUCCUCCUUCUGCUUUAUUGGGAGACGAAAUCUCAGAGAAGAUGCCUUUGGUGCUGUGGGCUCUUUGCCUUGGUGUCCUGGAUACGGUCCUUUGCAGUUAUUCAGAAGACCAGUGCAGCUGGAGGGGGAGUGGCCUGUCCCAGGAAUCGGGCAGCGUGGAGCAGAUCUCUCUACACUGUGCUGAGGGCUCACUUGAGUGGCUGUACCCAGCCGGGGCUUUACGCCUCAGCCUCUCCCCCCGCCUCCCCAUGAGCACUGCAGCCAAAGGGAAGAGCCCCAGGCAGGUCACCACCUGUAUCAAGCCCUCCAGCACCUUCCGAGGAGCUCAGAUCUAUCUGGAGAGGAAUGGGAUCCUGGAGCUGCUGUUGUCUGAGGCAGAUGCCUCCCUUCGCCGCAGGGUGCGCUGCUUCACCUGGCUGCCCCAGGAGAAAGUGGCACUGUUCCUUCAGUCUACCCUGCACCAGGACAUCAGCCGUCGGAUUGCCGCCUUCCGCUAUGAGCUGCGGGGAGACUGGAACUCACGCCUCUCACUGCCCUCCAGCAACCUCAGCAUGGAAGGGGCAUGCCGGCCAUGUAAUAACACGGAGAUCUUGAUGGCCAUUUGCACUAGUGACUUUGUCAUUCGUGGCAACAUCCGGACCGUCUCCAAUGAUGUUGAGAUGCAGGAAUCCGUCAUCAGCGUGAGUGCCAUGCGCAUUCACCGGCAGAAAUUCACUUUGUUCCCGCCUGCCGGCAAAUCCAGCAAAUCCAUGGGCAGCAUCCACACUCUGCUGCAGUGUGGAGUGAAACCAGGACCUGGCAGCUUCCUCUUCAUGGGGUGGCUGCACUUUGGGGAGGCCUGGCUUACCUGUGCUCCCCGUUACAAAGACUUCCGGCGUAUCUAUGAGGAUGCGCACCAGGCUCAUGAGAACCCCUGCGAAGUCUCGCUGGACUGAGCGAUGAGGGCAGGGGCAUUCAGCCUGACCCUUGGGAAUGGGGAUCACCAGCAGCAACAAUGGCGCCACCAAGGGCUCGCAUCCACCAGCCUGGAGCUAGCAAGAGUUCUCCCCAUCCCAUACAGACCUGCAGUGGUCCCCAUUCCUGCUUCACUUGCUCUGUGCUGAAGAGAGUUGUAAAGCACCUUCUGUGCUAACAGGAACCUGGCCCCUGGGGUGGAGAUCCCCAGACUAAUGAUUAGGAGCGGGCACACACUGAGUAACAUAAAGGGAAUUAGACCCUCCCCUUGUGGGGAACAGUAAUACACAUAGGACUGACUAAUGGACAGCAGGACUUCUAGUCAACCCUCCCUUUAAGUAGCUUGAGGGGACAAAAAAUGCCAGUGAAAUGACACAGUCUCUGCACAGUUGCUAAGUCAAUCCUUGCUAUCCCAAGAUUCAUUGCCAGGCGAGUCUCAGCGCUGAAGGACUUUCUUGCUGUACUGUGACUGUUCAGACUAAACAUGGGAGUGGGCUGAGCGCGUGGAUCAUCAGAACUGGAAACCAAUGCAUGAGCAACUCUGCUUCUCAUUUUGCACCGAAACACACCCACACCUCAUGGAAAAGGCUUUGGCAAAACCAGCCAAUGGCAUGGGAGCCUGUCUGUGAAAAUCCUGCCUGAAGAAAGAGGCCAUUCUAACUGCACCUGGUUUGACCCAUAGAACCUGAUUCAGCAAAGUUCUUGAGCACAUGCUGUCAGUCCGAUUGACUUCAAAGGGACUAAGGCCUAGAGCCUCAAAGGUAUUUAGGCAUCUUGUGCUUUGUAGAACUGGGGCCUUGUUGCCCUGACAAAGUUUGGUUCUGAAAUAGCCCUGCUCCUUCUCCUUCCCCAAGAGCUUCACCCCUCCAGGGAUGGGAGGAAAACCCAGGGAGUGGCAGCUACCAUUUUUACAUUCCAUUUAGUAUUUGUUUGGGUAGAAAUGUGAAGACACUGCUUUGUACACAGCAUGGGAAAGUGGGGGAUAGCUGAGUUAUGGGGGAGAGUCAGAGCAGGGUUGGGGAUAUCCCCUGGAUGGGCUCUUGAAAGGACAUAAAUUAAUGGAUCACAGCUAGAAGUUUGCCUAUCCCUGGCUCUGAACUUGGCUGCCAAAAAGUUGCCCCAUAGAGUCCUCACAGGUAUCUUGUGUCUACUCUCAUUGACACUUGGGGAGUGUUCCCUGGAGGGGCCCCAGCUUUACACUACAGUAGCAGAGCAGAAUGUGGGUAUCAAUCUGUAUCUGCCAGGGGAGGAGGAAGCUUACCUGCUAUGGGUUUUGGGUGCUGGGGAAGUUGUUUAUAUCUGCCAGCAAGGAAAGACAUAAGCAGCCCUAAGACUUUGAUUAAACCGUUAUGUAAAUGUAUACACAAGCUCAGUGCUGCUCUUCAAGCUCCUGCCAGCGGAGCCCUCACUCAAAGCCCCAUGCACAGACUUUGGCGCCACCUCUCUCCACACAUUUACCUCCAUCCCUCAAACCUGGCAUUGUCCUUGCCUUCAGCAACACCCAAAAUGCAGAAUCACCAAACAGCUUCUAGAACACUUUAAAAGAGAGGUGGGCCCAGGCUGAGAUUGGCUCUAAACUUCCCCCGAGUUCUGCUUCAGAUCCAGAUCCAGGGUUCUGGUUCUGGUGUUCCAGUCUGGUUUCCAUCUCUGCACUAAAGAAGCUGACACCAUUUUAGCAUCACUUUUGUGCUGUCUCUGGUCUGUGAUCAUCAUCUAUGGGCCUUGACAGGACAAGAGGGGUGGGAAGAACCUUUGCGAAAUUCAGCCUGAAGUGGUGCAGAAGACAGUCCAGUAUAACUCUUGUGUGUACAGCAGUGAACUCUCACCAGGGAAAUUUUUUUAAAUGAAGAUUUGGGUAGACUGUAGUUUGAAGAAAAGGUUCCCAUAUAAUAGACCCCAUAAACUAAUGGCACCUGUGGGAGCCUGAGUGCAUGGCGGAGAUGUGACUGGAGAGCACAGGUUUUUCUUUCUGCAGCUUGUGUAUUUCUGAGCGGAUGGAAUCUCAACACACUAUAUAGAUAUACAGUAUUGUCAACCAUGUGUGUAUUGAAGGAGAUGGAUUUGCAACAUUGUGAGGAGUCCCUACGGAGAAUCUGUACAUGUGGAACAGAGAUUGCCAUGCCAUCCCAGAUCAGUGUGCUUCAGCCACCAGUGGUGGAAAGUAGGCAGGCAACAGCUGCUGAUGGAAGCAUUCAGGCAGAAGCAAAGACCUUGGGAGGAGAGAGCAAGAAAGCAGAAGCUUCUCAUUGGAGAACAGGAGAUAGGAUUAAGGAUCAAGAGAUUCAAAAGACUCUUCUCUUCUAGAUCAUUGCUUUACAAACAGUUGGAACUUGGACAACUGCAGAGAAGAAUAAUCUCUUGGUUUGAUUAUUGGGGUGUGUGGGUAUGAGAUCUGGGUUUUCAGUUUUAAGCUGACACAUCCACUUUGGGGUGCUCAGAAGCUGUAGAACAGAAAUUUUGAGUUAAAGGGACAGGGCUGAGGGGAGUUUGGGACAAAGUCAGUCACACCAGUUAACUAUCAGCACACUCCUAAUUUCAUGUGGAAACUGCUGCUAAAGCCCAGGAGUUUUAGACCUUGGCUACACUACAACUUCCAAUUGAGUUUGUAACUCAUUAGUGGCACAGCUGACCCUAACCAUGGCUUGUGUCUACAUACACGACACUAUUAACACUCAGUUAGUAAUCAUGGCAGCUAACUAGGUAGUUUUGGCUCAGUUCAGAUCUAGCCUGGAACAUGGUUGGCUUCUUGUAACUAGUUUAUAACAUGUUUUUUGCUGUGCAGGUGAACAGCCCAGCAUGCUUUGGUCCCCCUGCUGCAACAUGUCCUCUACUCUAGACCCUGUUGAGGUGUCAUGAGAGCUGCCCAGAUUUUCCCACAAUGCACUGUUACAAACCUAGGGUAGGUGUGAACACAUAAACAUCUGUAACAUGGUUGCACUGUGAAAAAAUCUGCAGCACGGAGACAUGUCUGUUGUAAAGGGUUAGAUGAGACAGGUUACAACACCAUUGUUUCAUAUGAAGUGUGGAUGGGACCUGCGGCCAGUGAGUGACGGUUCACAUGAUUCUGCCCCACUUCCUAUCCAAAAAUGCUUAUUUGGGAGAGGAGCGAUAUUUGACAAUGGAAUGGGGACACCAUAUGUGCACUAAAAGUUAUAAUGAUACCAAAUUUGUGGGUUUUUUUUAAAGACUAAACUUUUAUGUGUAAAGCAUGUUUUGUUUUGUUUUUUUUUAAUUUGAAAUCUUAAUAUAAAGUGCAUCUCCACAGCUGUAAAACACUGCCUGGCACAUUAGCUGUUGCCAUUCUGUAGGGUGUAGUCAAUGGCCGUGAGAAUCUUUGUAAUUGAGUUUGUACAUAUAACGUCUAUUUACAAGGUAAGGAAGGAAGCCCUGAUUCUGUGUAGUUUGUAACAAUGAGAUUUCUUCUUGUUAUGGUUUGAAAUAAACAAUUGUAUUUGUCAUCUGUGGUUUUGAAACACCAUAUAAAAAAAAUGAGUAUUUCUAGCAA